AUGUCCGUCCAACAACGUCCCAUAGCUCCAUUACCUCAAGGAGCGAUGGCGCAGCAGCCACAUCGAGCACCCAGCUAUAUCCCCUCAGCCCGGCAGAUCGAGCCCGGACCCAAGAACCCCCUCUUCCUCGCCCUCCGUUCCACCCUUCCCGAGGAGGUCGACUGGGCUCUCCCCCGGCUCAUCGUAGCGACCUACGACCAUCCAGACCGAUUCCAGCUCGACAAGUUCAUCGACGCUAUCCCCGCGCUGCUGGAGUAUCCGCUUCUAUGGCUGGACGAGCUCGAGCGUGGCGCGGCAUUAGCCCAAGCGCGGCGGGAAGGACGGUUUGGGUUCGUGGGCGAGUGGGCGGUGGAUAGGGAUACGGAGGACCGGGCGAUCAACUCGCUGCUUGUUCUUCGGAACGCGAGCAUCGGCUCGGCAGGGCACAAUGCCAAGCUGGUAGGCGGAAGCAAGGCCUUUACGGGGUUUCUGACUCGCUUGUUCGCCCUACCGGUAAAAUACCUGCUGGACGAGGUGCUCCUCAGCUCACCGGAGCCAAUACAGCACGUCCUCAACAUCCUGCAAGCUACUCUGCCGUACCUGCCGCCCUCUCCAGCUAUGCUCGACAUCCUCAGCUCUACACUCCCCACUAUCCUCAUUCACACACGCGACCUAACGAUUCUUCACCUCAUCCUCCCCCUCCUCAUUUCCGCCCUCCUCAUUCCUUCACUCCCACCACUCCCACCCGCACUUACGUCUCACCUCGUACUCCUCCUCUCACUCUCGCCCCCUCCGUCCAUCCUUGACCUCACCCUCGACCUCCUCAUUUCUCUCACCGUCGCGCCAGGCCCGGCGCGCCUCAUCCUCGCUUCGCCCAGCAUCUCGGCGCACCUCCGGCAUAUGAUGCGGCUCCUGGAGCAUGGCGCUCGGCAGACAUCCGCGAGCUUCGAGCCCCUCACGUGGACACAGGGAGGUAUGGCGCGUAAUCCAGCGUCAACUACCUGGGCGACAGAGGAAGCAAGCAAGAAGCGCACGAAGGAGCGGGAAGAAGCGCAGCGCUUGAUCGAGGUGUAUGGACCGAUGGCGGUCGUAGGAGAUGUAGGAGAUAGGCCACCACCACUAGGCGAGGCCCUCAAGGCGAAGCUGUACAAGAUGAAGGAGCCACAGCGGAGUAUCACAUGGAUGCACGAAUCCUUCAUCUACUCGUCGACAUCCCAGCUUGCCCAAGUGACCUUCUGGCACUCCUAUCGCGACUUCUUCUCCCCUCAGCAGGUCACCGAGCAACUCUUGAGCGCGUCGGAGGUGAUCAAGAACGUCACCGUCGCGUUUCCUGGCGCGGCCGCCAAGGUGUGGGUGGACGAUACAGGGAACCAGCGCUUCGUGAUUGCCGGUAUGGGAUACCGGAAGUCCCUAGACGAGCUAGACAAAUACGCCUGUAAAUGGAAAUCCUGCCCUUCUCCCUCCGGCCCAACCAACCCCGCCCAACUCGUUUCGCACCUCCAACAAACACACCUCUCCUCCCCUCUCCCUACCGCUUGCGCAUGGGCCACCUGCACCCAUUCCCCAUGCACAACGUCCCAUCUCCUCACGCAUCUCCCCCUUCCCCGCCAGCGCUCUGUACCCGAUAUGGUACUGUCCAAUCCCAACUCAGCCGCCUGGCUCUCUGCGCCCAAUAUCACCCGACGGUCCCCGCCCCGUCUCCCCUCGACGUACAAGUUACACUUUACGGCCUUCUCCACGCCGACGGAUCCACGGAACAGACAUCCGAUGGGCGUGGCGUUCCUGGCGGCGCUGUUAGUGCGGAAUCUGGCCAAGGUGUUGAGAGCGGAGAUUGGGAGUGCGGCGCCAGUGGAAGACGAGGGGGAAGAGGGUGGGGAUAGGAAGAGGAGGAAGAAGGAUGAAAAGUUUGGAUUGCCCAUCCCGGAUAUUGUCCUGAAAGAGGAGGAAGAAGAGGAGAGGGCGGCCAAAGGAGCAGAAGAGGAUGUUUCGGAGGGCAAGUUGAACUGGGAGGAGAGGGAACGCGCGAGAAUGGCGUUUGAGGGGCUGGAGGAGAGGUUGGGGGAGGUGUUGGCGGGGAAUCUCAGUGGGUUGGGGCAGUAUCUCGGCGAGGCAUGGGGGUGGUAG